GAGAGGUCCUGGGAUGGCGAUGGAGACUCCCGGAGCCUCGGCCCGGGCCUUGUUGCUCUCCGCGGCCGCGGCAGGGCCACGGAAGAAGCGUGCAGCGGAGGAGGCUGUGACGACUGUGGCGGGCAAGCAGCGGGUCCUGGAGGAGGAAGAAUACAUCGAGGGUCUUCAGACUGUCAUCCAGAGAGACUUCUUUCCUGAUGUGGAGAAGCUGCAGGCACAGAAGGAGUAUCUGGAGGCUGAGGAGAAUGGAGACUUGGAGCGGAUGCGCCAGAUUGCCAUCAAAUUUGGCUCUGCCCUGGGCAAGAUAUCUCGAGAGCCUCCUCCACCUUAUGUGACUCCAGCCACAUUCGAAACCCCUGAGGUGCAUACAGGCACUGGAAUGGUGGGUGCCAAGCCCCGAGGUCGAGGCCGAGGUUUGGAGGAAGGUGAUGCAGGAGAUAUGGCUGAGGAGGAAGAGACGGAGAAGGAGGCCCUGCCCAACCUUGAUGCCUUCCUGAGCCGGUACACAAGCGAGGACAAUGCUUCCUUCCAGGAGAUCAUGGAAGUGGCCAAAGAGAAGAACCGCGCGCGCCAUGCUUGGCUCUACCAGGCUGAGGAGGAGUUUGAGAAGAGGCAGAAAGAUAACCUUGCCCUCCCGUCAGCAGAGCACCAGGCCAUCGAGAGCAGCCAGGCGGGUGUGGAGACCUGGAAGUACAAGGCCAAGAACUCCCUCAUGUACUACCCAGAAGGUGUUCCAGAUGAAGACCAGCUGUUUAAGAAGCCCAGACAGGUGGUGCAUAAGAACACUCGCUUCCUCAGGGACCCCUUCAGCCAGGCUCUGAGCAGGUCCCAGCUGCAGCAGGCUGCUGCCCUCAAUGCACAGCACAAACAAGGCAAGGUGGGUCCUGACGGCAAGGAACUGAUCCCCCAGGAAUCCCCCCGAGUGGGUGGAUUUGGAUUUGUUGCCACUCCAUCUCCAGCUCCUGGUGUUAGUGAGUCCCCGCUCAUGACCUGGGGGGAGGUGGAGAACACCCCCUUGAGAGUGGAAGGGUCGGAAACACCUUACGUGGAUAGGACGCCGGGGCCAGCCUUCAAGAUCCUGGAGCCAGGACGAAGGGAACGGCUGGGGCUGAAGAUGGCCAAUGAGGCUGCUGCCAAGAACCGGGCUAAGAAGCAGGAGGCUCUUCGUAGAGUGACGGAGAACCUGGCCAGCCUCACUCCCAAGGGCCUGAGCCCCGCUAUGUCUCCAGCCUUACAGCGACUUGUGAGCAGGACAACCAGCAAGUAUACAGACCGGGCCCUGCGGGCCAGCUACACCCCAUCCCCAGCUCGCUCCACCCACCUCAAGACUCCAGCUAGUGGACCCCAGACACCCACAAGCACACCCGCUCCUGGCUCAGCUACUCGGACCCCCCUCAGCCAGGACCCGGCCUCCAUCACAGACAACUUGCUGCAGCUCCCGGCGCGUCGGAAAGCCUCAGACUUCUUUUAGGCCCAGGCCCAAAUUGGAUGGAAUCUGCAUGGAGCCUGCAGGGUGGGCCUCCGCCCCGCAAUGGACUAUGGCCUUCUGCAGAUCCAGACCUAGGCACUGAUUCACAGGAGAUCUAGAAGAAAGGUGCUGGCACCGGACAAACCAGGCCUCGGCGUCUCUUCCUGUGCCCCCUCGGAGCCUCUCCUGUGAGUCCCACCUCUUUCUACUUGGCUCUCAUUAAAGAGCACCUUGGACACGUG